CAGUGGGGGAGUGGGAAGAUGGCGGCGUCGCGUCGCUCUCAGCAUCAUCACCACCAUCAUCAACAACAGCUCCAGCCCGCCCCAGGGGCUUCGGCGCCGCCACCGCCACCUCCCCCGCCGCUCAGCCCCGGCCUGGCCCCGGGACCCACCCCGGCCUCGCCCACGGCCGGCGGCCUGGCGCCCUUCGCCUCCCCGCGGCACGGCCUGGCGCUGCCAGAGGGGGAUGGCAGCCGGGACCCGCCCGACAGGCCGCGAUCUCCCGACCCGGUGGACGGCGCCGUCUGCACGGUGGCAGCUACGGCCGCGGUCCCGGCAGCUUCCGCCGCCGCCGCCGCCGUCGGAGUGGCUCCCAGCCCAGCCGGCGGUGGCGGUAACAACUCCGCGUCGUCCACUUCUUCCCCGACUUCUUCUUCGUCUUCCUCGCCGUCCUCCCCUGGCUCGAGCUUAGCGGAGAGCCCCGAGGCGGCCGGAGUUGGCUCCACAGCGACUUUGGGACCCGGGGCGGCGGGCCUGGGCCCGGGGGUCCCAGCCGUAAGUGGGGCCCUGCGGGAGCUGCUGGAGGCCUGUCGCAAUGGGGACGUGUCCCGGGUGAAGAGGUUGGUGGACGCAGCGAACGUGAAUGCGAAGGACAUGGCCGGCCGAAAGUCUUCUCCCCUGCACUUUGCAGCAGGUUUUGGGAGGAAGGAUGUCGUAGAACACUUGCUGCAGAUGGGUGCUAAUGUCCACGCUCGUGAUGACGGGGGUCUCAUCCCACUCCAUAAUGCUUGUUCUUUUGGCCACGCUGAGGUUGUGAGCCUGUUACUGUGCCAAGGAGCAGAUCCGAAUGCCAGAGAUAAUUGGAACUACACUCCUCUGCAUGAAGCUGCCAUUAAAGGGAAGAUCGAUGUCUGUAUUGUGCUGCUGCAGCACGGAGCCGAUCCAAACAUUCGGAACACUGAUGGGAAAUCAGCUCUGGACCUGGCAGAUCCUUCAGCAAAAGCUGUCCUCACAGGUGAAUACAAAAAAGACGAACUCCUAGAAGCUGCUAGGAGUGGUAAUGAAGACAAACUGAUGGCCUUACUGACACCUCUCAAUGUGAACUGCCAUGCAAGUGACGGGCGCAAGUCUACUCCAUUGCACCUGGCAGCAGGCUACAACAGAGUUCGGAUAGUUCAGCUGCUUCUGCAGCACGGUGCUGAUGUCCAUGCAAAAGACAAAGGCGGACUCGUACCUCUUCAUAAUGCAUGCUCAUAUGGACACUAUGAGGUCACAGAACUGCUGUUAAAGCAUGGAGCUUGUGUUAACGCUAUGGAUCUGUGGCAGUUCACUCCACUCCAUGAAGCUGCUUCCAAGAACCGUGUAGAAGUCUGUUCUUUGUUACUUAGCCACGGUGCUGAUCCGACCUUGGUCAACUGCCACGGCAAAAGUGCUGUCGAUAUGGCCCCAACUCCUGAGCUCCGGGAAAGACUGACUUAUGAAUUUAAAGGCCAUUCUUUACUACAAGCAGCCAGAGAAGCAGACCUGGCAAAAGUUAAGAAAACCCUUGCUUUGGAAAUCAUUAACUUCAAGCAGCCGCAGUCUCAUGAAACAGCACUGCACUGUGCUGUGGCCUCCUUGCAUCCCAAACGAAAGCAAGUGGCAGAGCUGCUACUAAGGAAAGGAGCCAAUGUCAAUGAAAAAAACAAGGAUUUCAUGACUCCUUUGCAUGUCGCAGCGGAAAGAGCUCAUAAUGACGUCAUGGAAGUUCUGCAUAAGCAUGGAGCAAAGAUGAAUGCACUGGACAGUCUUGGGCAGACUGCUUUGCACAGAGCUGCCUUAGCAGGCCAUCUGCAGACUUGCCGCCUUCUGCUGAGUUAUGGCUCCGACCCUUCCAUCAUCUCCCUGCAAGGCUUUACAGCAGCUCAGAUGGGCAAUGAAGCGGUACAGCAGAUUCUGAGCGAGAGUACCCCUAUACGUACUUCAGAUGUGGACUAUCGACUGCUGGAGGCGUCCAAAGCUGGAGACUUGGAAACCGUGAAGCAACUCUGCAGCCCACAGAACGUGAAUUGCAGAGAUCUGGAGGGCCGGCAUUCAACACCUCUGCAUUUUGCUGCCGGCUAUAACCGCGUGUCUGUUGUGGAGUACCUUCUCCACCACGGAGCUGAUGUCCAUGCCAAAGACAAAGGUGGCUUGGUUCCCCUUCAUAAUGCCUGCUCCUAUGGACACUAUGAGGUAGCUGAGCUCUUGGUGAGGCAUGGGGCUUCUGUCAAUGUGGCAGACUUGUGGAAAUUUACCCCUCUCCAUGAAGCAGCAGCCAAGGGAAAGUAUGAAAUCUGCAAGCUCCUUCUAAAACAUGGAGCAGAUCCAACCAAGAAGAACAGAGAUGGAAAUACACCCCUAGAUCUGGUCAAAGAAGGAGACACAGAUAUUCAGGACCUACUGAGGGGGGAUGCUGCCCUGCUGGAUGCUGCCAAGAAGGGCUGCCUGGCCAGAGUGCAGAAGCUUUGUACACCAGAGAAUAUCAACUGCAGAGACACCCAGGGCAGAAACUCAACUCCUCUGCAUCUGGCAGCAGGCUACAAUAACCUGGAAGUAGCUGAAUACCUUCUAGAGCAUGGAGCUGAUGUCAACGCCCAGGACAAAGGAGGUUUAAUUCCACUUCACAAUGCAGCAUCUUAUGGGCAUGUGGACAUAGCAGCGUUACUGAUAAAAUACAACACAUGUGUAAACGCAACGGAUAAGUGGGCAUUUACUCCGCUUCAUGAAGCAGCCCAGAAAGGAAGGACACAGUUAUGUGCCCUCCUCCUGGCACAUGGCGCAGACCCAACCAUGAAGAACCAAGAAGGUCAGACACCUUUAGAUCUGGCAACGGCCGAUGAUAUCCGAGCUUUGCUGAUAGAUGCCAUGCCCCCAGAGGCCUUACCUACCUGUUUUAAACCUCAGGCAACUGUGGUUAGUGCCUCUCUGAUUUCGCCAGCGUCCACCCCCUCCUGCCUCUCAGCUGCCAGCAGCAUAGAUAACCUCACUGGCCCUUUGGCGGAGCUGGCUGUAGGAGGGGCCUCCAAUGCAGGGGAUGGCGCCGCCGGUGCAGACAGGAAGGAAGGAGAAGUUGCAGGUCUUGACAUGAAUAUCAGCCAAUUCCUUAAAAGCCUUGGCCUUGAACACCUUCGGGAUAUCUUUGAAACAGAGCAGAUUACACUAGACGUGUUGGCUGAUAUGGGUCAUGAAGAGCUGAAAGAAAUAGGCAUCAAUGCGUAUGGACACCGCCACAAGUUAAUCAAGGGCGUUGAAAGACUUCUCGGUGGACAACAAGGAACCAAUCCAUAUUUGACUUUUCACUGUGUGAAUCAGGGGACUAUUUUACUAGAUCUUGCUCCAGAAGAUAAAGAGUAUCAGUCAGUAGAAGAAGAGAUGCAGAGUACUAUUCGAGAACACAGGGAUGGCGGCAAUGCUGGCGGCAUCUUCAACAGAUACAAUGUCAUUCGGAUUCAGAAAGUUGUGAACAAGAAGCUGAGGGAGCGAUUCUGUCACAGACAGAAAGAGGUGUCAGAGGAGAAUCACAACCAUCACAAUGAACGCAUGCUGUUCCACGGUUCUCCUUUUAUUAAUGCAAUUAUUCAUAAAGGGUUUGAUGAGCGACAUGCAUAUAUUGGAGGGAUGUUUGGAGCUGGAAUUUACUUUGCCGAAAACUCUUCCAAAAGCAACCAGUAUGUUUAUGGGAUUGGAGGAGGAACAGGCUGUCCCACACACAAAGACCGGUCAUGUUAUAUAUGUCACAGACAAAUGCUUUUCUGUAGAGUGACCCUUGGGAAAUCCUUUCUGCAGUUCAGCACCAUGAAAAUGGCCCAUGCUCCUCCAGGACACCAUUCAGUUAUUGGUAGACCAAGUGUCAAUGGGCUGGCCUAUGCUGAGUAUGUCAUCUACAGAGGAGAGCAGGCGUAUCCAGAAUAUCUCAUCACCUACCAGAUAAUGAAGCCAGAAGCCCCUUCACAGACCGCCACAGCCGCAGAGCAGAAGACCUAGUGACUGCCCUGGUGAUGGCCAGAGUGAGUCAAACCUGCGACUGGAUUACAGUGGAUUGCUUCCAACACACACACACACAAAAACACCAAUAUUCUCUAAACCCAACAGCUGAAAAAUACGCUGUUUGUCUUUUAUAAAGCAUUGCUAGAGUGAUGACACAGGGUGAGUGACCGAACACACUCACCUGCCACCAAUCCCUUUGAGGAAAUGUUUACUGGGCAGCCUUGGACAUGUCUUGGGCUCAUUUUCCUACGGUUACCCAUUUCUAGAGCAAGAUGCUUUGCUUAAGACAUAGAAAUGGGAAAAGAGAAUAUUCACACACUACAGUUUCUUUGUUGUGUUUGGCACAUGUAUAGCAGAUAGACACAUGUGGCUCAUUUUUUAAUUUUGCCAAACAUACAUUGUUGAUGCUUGUUCUUGUUGUUGUUGUUGUUGUUAUUGUUAUUGUUGUUACUUUGAAAAUGAGCCAGAGCCUUCCUGGGAUAUUUUGCACAGUCACACUGACUAAAAUCAUUAGCAAUGCAACCAGAGCUUCUGGCCGAGCAAGACACUGUUCCCACUUCUCUUGUUAGAUUUUGUCUCUCCUUCUUCUGAACGUAAGGGAAAGCAUCAAGAUUUGUUCCCUUUUAGAAGCCGGCCCAUCUUACAAGGAAGGGCAUAAACAUCUCUCUGCUCUUUGCAGUCCGCAGGGUUCACAGGACCACGCUCCAGAUGCCAAACGAGCAUUGCUGAGGAGAGGUUAAACUGAGGAGAGGCGGUUGUGACUUCUCCUGGGGAAUGACUAGCAGCUUGUGAGGGAGGAACCCAGUAAGAGGGGGCGGAGUAGAACACAGGGCCUUGUGGCCGCAGCCAGGCAAACCCAGGGAUGUCUCAAUAAAACCUUCACUUAAUCUGAACCAUCAGAACUGUCACCCUAACAUUACCCUUUGCUUCCAAAGUCAGGGAGCUGCUGUACCCCGUUAGCAUGUUACUCUCCUCCUCAGUUUAGAAAGCCAGGAUUCAAACCCGAAGUAGUGAAUAUGCACAAAUGCAAGGACUUUUUGUUUACUCCAGAUUUGGCCUUUAUUUUGAGUAGUAUGUUUCAAAUGGUUUAUAAAGAUCUUUCUCAGUUUUUGAACCAUUUCUUCAAAGUUCUUAAUAUAUUUAGACAAGGAAACAAAAUUGAAACCAAAGGCUCUUUGACUUAUUUUUUUAAAUGCCACUAGUAGAGAAAUGUCUCUUUGUGAAAGUACUGCUUCUUGUAAUGGCAUUCGCCAAGUGUACGUGACGUUGAGCAGAACCACGCUUCCUUGGAUGCCCUUGUGGACCUAACUGAACACUGAAUUGAGCACAUUACUAUUUAGGUUCGUGUUGGCAUCUGUCUGCUCAGCUUUGCAGCAGACAUCAUAGAAACCGAGGGAGAACCGUUUGACAUACUUAACCAUUUCAAUCGGAAGUCCUGAAAACGAGGUUGGUUUUUUUUGUUUGUUUGUUUGUUUGUUUUUUACUUUUGUUUUAAUGUAAGCAUAUUAAGCUGUGACCACCUUCAUUUCCCUGGCUCCCGAAAUACACAUUUCUCUCUUUCUUUUUAUUUAUUUAAUUUUUGUUAGCUUAAGACCAAUGCUAGAACUAGGCAUCCAGUCUAGGGUGAAUUUUAUAGUUAUAUCUUGCAUGCAUUCCUCAAAAUCAAAUCAAGACUUUGCCUCAGUUUUCACUUCUAUUGAAGUUCGGUGGCCUGAGCUGGUUGAUUGUGUUUUUGGCUGUGUGUUUAAUAGCAACUAGGGUUCCAUAUAAAGCUUCAAAAUUUGAUGUUGGCUCAGAGAGCUUUCUCCUUCCUUUCCCCCUACCCCACUGUUAGCAAAGGUUGAAGAAACUGCCAUCUGUAUAGUUGUAGUAGCUACAGUGUGUAUGCUGUUUGCCCCCCCCCCCCCCACUAGUUCAAAAUGCUAACCACAGCUGGAUUUGAGUUCCAUGAGGGAAUCCUAUGGUAUAGCUAUGGAAAGCUUUCUAGCUUCAUUAAAAGUUGAACCACUCUCUGACUGUGGUUGUAUGUUGUGUUAUCUCCAUCACACUAACUAGAUUAACCUGGGCCUUACCUUGAGAAGUUAACUGUGGUUCACUGACGCACCAAUGCUGUGUCUGAUGGUCUCUGUGCCAAGAACAGACACUGUAUAAGGAAGACUUUUGCAGUGCUUGAGGUCUCCUGGUGACUCACAUAUGGCAGAAUGCACAUUCAUGAUCUGUUUAAAAAGAAUGGGUCAGCAGAGCUAGUAGGUAUUUUCAGAGCUUGAAAACCAAAGGCAUCAUGAGUGUAUUCAAGUUGGCAAAGUGACUGUGUGGAAUUUCCUUGUUUAGCAAUAUGAAGAGUGCUCUGGAAUAUAAAAGCAUGGUAUUCCACUGAAAUCUGUUAAGUUUCUGUAUGUGCAUUACUUAGAACCACUGGCAGGUUUGGGACUCCUCAGCUUCCCAACAGAACUACAGAGAGAAGUCAAGUGUCUCUACGAGCCUCACAUCCAGGGGCUUUCGUAGAGACCUCAUGGUCCCAGUUUACCGGGUCUGGCCAGCUGGACACUCACCUCAGGCAUAAAUUAAGUGCUCUGGACACCUGUCCUCGUACUUGACUGGAUUGCUAGUCUAGUGUCAGAAGUAGCUCCUGUGCUUGGCCCCGUUCACUUCCUUCCUUUCUUCAUCUUGGUCUUACAGAAGGAAUCCAGGUAUCUGUAAUUUUCAUAUCAAAACCAGAACUGGGUUUAGUCCUUAUCCACUUUCUGCUCAAAAGAUUCUGCCAGUUUGCUAACAAAUGGCAGCACGGAAUCCAGGGAUUUAAUUCUAUGCAAAAGACUAGCAGUCCAACCAGGGAUCUUCCCUCCUUCCCUUCCUAGUGCUUAGGACUGCAGACAGUGUCAGUGGGGAAACAGCACUAACGUCUCAUGGAAGCAGCAGGGGCUCCUCUGAGCGUCCAGUUACUGCUACACAUAUUUCUCUUGGCUGUCAGAAUAGCCAAGUGCAUUUUGGAUAUAGAGAGAAGUGCUUGACUACGGCAAGCUAGUAAACAUACAUUAACAUCCUCUUAGCCUAGAUAUUAUUACAAACAAUAAUAUUUUGGUUAAUGCUAGAAAACAGCAUUAGAAUGCAGUAAAUUGUCUAGGUUUUCCUCUAUUUCAGUAUAUUCCCAGUUGCAUGAAAGGUAAUUAGACAUUGCUCCCUCUCCCCUUUUAAACAUUCGUUGUUUGGAUUCCUAUAAAUGGCCUUGUGAACAAAAAUGGUGUGUGUUUUAAAGCACAUGUCCCCCCUGUCCUUCCCCCCAGCCCAUGUUCCCAGAUCUUGUUUGUGAGACAGCCUUCUUACUCUGUUUCCUGUUGCAUAGAGCCACAGACUUUAGAGUCAUUCAGCAAGCAUUCAAAAAUGACACUGAAGUAGGUUUUCAUGUGUCAGAAAUCAAAGACUGGUGUUUGGUGUCAAAGCAGUGACAAAGAAAUAAGAGUCAUUGUGAAGGGAAUAUUUGAACUGUUCUAGCUACAUCUAGCAUGUAAAAACCAUUUUUUAAAUACCACCCUAAAAAGUGAGGCUUCUUCAGCCAACUUAUGCAUUCUGUGGUUAACAGACAAUUACGUUUUUCCUGCUAAAAAAAAGCCUUAUCCAUGGAAGAAACUUUUUAACCUUUUCUAUACAACCAAUGAAACAUGACUCCAUUUCUUAGUACUUGAAAUGUGUCAGUGAGUGGGCAUGUCUCUGUAUUUCAUACCUGGUAAGUGUGUUUUAUGGAGGUAUAUUUUAUAAGCAAUACUGUCAUACACACUGGGACUGAAGGAACCAAUAAGUCCCAGUUUCUCCCAUGUGAGAUUCCUCAGCCUCCAAGUCUUCUGGUUUGAAAGAACACUAGAAGAAUUUCCAAACCUGUAGACUUGUGUGGGGGAUUCAUAGUAUGUGAUACCAUGUAGAGUUUGAGUAGUGUGGAGGUUGUUUUAGUCAUUUUAAGGUGUAUACUAUGAUACAUUAAACUGUAGGAAGCGAAGAUUCUGUAUACUCUGUGAGAUCCAGUAUGGUCAUGAGUGGCCAGUUUCCCACUUCUACCAGAGUCAGUUCUGCAGGACUGAGAUAACACUCACAGCGUAGACAUGGACCAAUUCUGACCCUUCAUUCUUUCACCCUCUCUCUUCUGCUGUUCUCAAGUGACCCUGAAUGCCUUCUGUUAGCUCCAAUUUGGUAACGGGGUAUCUCUGAACCCCUCCCAGUGUGCGGGAAGGAAAACUAGAAAAUGCCACAGUAAAGGAAAGGAAGGGACUGAGAUUUUUGAAGCUCGUAGUGUAGAACUAGAAGGUAACCUUGCUGUAUAAUCCAUGUAUUCACUACAGAGAACACUUAACUCUUCAUGUGUGUGUGUGUGUGUGUGUGUGUGUGUGUGUGUGUGUGUGUGUGUGUGUGUGUAGUACCUGCUUCUGCUCCUCGUGUUUGAUCUGAUCUUUGUGGUAGUAAUACUUGUCUUUGAUACCUACAAAACUAAAAAGGUACUUUGAUGACAGGAUAUCUCGAAAACUUACAAAGCCAGCUUUGAGGACAUCUAGAGUGUUUCUGACAACAGCAUUUGGAAUUGUGAUUGUGUUUUCUUACUGUGAUGUUGGUCUGUGUAAAUAACCAGUGUAGUGUUCCUUCAGUUCCUUGUUAGUGUUCCUUGUUUUCAGUCUCUGUAACCUAACCGCCAGUGACUGGUUCCAUCCCACUUUGUCCUGCUUUAUAUUUGUCCAUCUGUAGGCUUGUCAGACAAAAUACAAGAUGCCCAGGUAGAUUUGAAUUUCAGCAGUUUUUUAGCUCAAGUAUAUCUCAUGCAAUAUUUGACAUAUCUGUGCAUUUUUUAAAAAUGUUCAUUAACUUAUCUGAAAUUCAGAUUUUGACCGAAUAUCCUAGAUUUUUGUUUCAUGUGUAGUUUUUCUAAAUCUAAUAGCCCUAGCAGUUUCAUCACAGAAGGAUGCUCACAGCAUGUAAAUUCUCUGGUCUUUAUAGCUGUCACCUGAAAUGGAAGACCUUUUUUUUUCCUCUCUCUCUCAACUUCUACUUAUUUCUAAAAGAGGCAUCAAGGAACUUAACCAGCCUACAUGGUGGGUUUCUAUUUAAAACAUCUCUGUGAUUAUAUUUAACCUGUAAUUGUGCUUUGGCUUAAUGUCUAACUUCCAGUACUUGUAACUGAUUAAUAUUCAAUAAAACACAUUUUAAAGUA